AUGGACUCCAUCUUCAAGUCUACUGAGCCACUCUUCCAGGUGAGCGUCCCGUCUGUGGAACGCCCCUUCGGUAUUUAUUUGUGGCCACUUUUCUCUGCUGUCUUUGAGAAGAUAAUUGGUUACCCAGCUGAAGAGUUUGAGUUCGUCAACGGCAAGACCUUCUUGGCCAACGGCAGACAUGCCCUUAGCAUCAUUGCUGUUUACUAUGUAGUGAUUUUUGGUGGGCGUGCCCUCUCGAACGCAGUGAAUGCCCCUGCCUUGAAGUUGAACUUUUUGUUCCAGCUUCACAACUUGGGGUUGACCUUGGCUUCAUUGAUUCUCUUGCUCUUGUUGGUGGAACAGUUGGUUCCUAUCUUGUACCACCACGGUUUGUUCUAUGCCAUCUGUGACAAAAAGGCAUUUGCUCCUAAGUUGGUGACAUUGUACUAUUUGAACUACUUGACCAAGUAUUGGGAGUUAAUCGACACUGUUUUCUUGGUCUUGAAGAAGAAGAAGUUGUUGUUUUUGCAUGUUUACCAUCACGGCGCCACUGCACUCUUGUGCUACACACAGUUGACCGGUAACACUUCUGUUGAGUGGGUUCCAAUUGGAUUGAACUUGGCCGUGCACGUUGUCAUGUACUGGUACUACUUCUUGAGUGCCCGUGGUAUCCGUGUGUGGUGGAAGGAGUGGGUGACAAGAUUCCAGAUCAUUCAGUUCGUGUUGGACUUGAUCUUCGUGUACUUUGCAACCUACACCCACUAUGCUUAUGCGUACUUCCCAUCGCUCCCACGUAUGGGCGACUGUUACGGAAGUGAGCUUGCAGCUUUCUAUGGAUACUUAAUUUUGUCGUCAUACUUGUUGUUGUUCAUCUCAUUCUACAUCAAGGUAUACAAAACUGCUGGCAAGAAGUCAGCUAAGAAGGCUGAAGGCGUAAGUGUUGGCCAAGCCACAGGAGCAGAGGUUGCAGGAAGCAAGGCCCGUUCCAGAAAGGCUUAA